CCAACAUCGCUCUUCUUUCACAAACUUCAUAAACACUUCUCAUCACUUCAUAACACUAUGUCUGACUCUGCUCACCAGAACCACGUUAUUGGCGGCUACAAGGCCACCCUCAACAACCCCAACGUCUCCGACGAGGCCAAAUCUCGCGCCAACGAGGUCAUCGAGAACUUCCAAGAGAAUGGUUCUUCCGCCAUCGAGCAGUCCGACCAGGACAAUGGCAAUGUCUCUAGUGCAGACCACCAUGAGAAUCAGGUCCUUGGCGGGUACAAAGCGACUUUGAACAACCCCAACGUAUCCGAAGAUGCCAAGCAGCACGCCCGAGAUGUUCUCGACCAGUGAUUUAUGACAUCAAGUCGUAUAGCAAAGAAGUAUAUAUUCAGAAGUUAAACAUGUAUGAAAAUGAGUACUGCA